CCAAGUAUAUUUUACGAAUUCACAGGCAAAGGAAUCCUCUCCCAACGUAUCUCUGCAACAAAUGUUGAGUCAGUACUGCCAUGGAAAUGCAGGUUGAGAAUUGCAAUAGAUUUAGCAAAUGCAGUGACAUAUCUUCAGUUCUUCACGCCGCGUUCUGGAGACCUAUUAUCCAUCUCUAUGUUAAAUGCUCAAGUAUGUUGGAUCACUACAAUGUCCCCAAACUCAUUAGCUUUAGACUAUGCAUAUCUAUUCCUCAAGGGCAAUCACAUGUGGAGGAUGCUGUUAUAGGGAGAAUGGAGUACUUGUCUCCCGAAUAUGUGGCCAGCGGUUAUUUAACAGAGAAGGCUGAUGUUUAUUGUUUUGGAAUGCUUCUACUUGAGCUUUUAAGCGGACAGAGGCCGAGUUAUGUUAUUAGGGAACACCAUGUACUGGAUGCUGAUGAGCAGCACCGUGUUGAAAAUUUCGGUAAUGUUGUGGAUCCAAGAAUAUCGAUCGAGUCGGAGCAGUUGCAGGGUUUGGCCACACUUUUCCACAGAUGAACUUGCAAUGAUGGAGAAAAGAGGCCGUAAAUGAUCGAGGUG